CAAAAUCCUACUCCGUAGAUUAAAAUUAUCGCCGUCUCCUCCCUCGUGCACCAAACAAAACCCAAAAUCGAAGCCCGUUAAUUAGCUCUCUCCCCCUUUUCAUUUUCUUCAUUGCCACCGCCGCCGCCCGCGGACCGACGGUUGUUUAUGCUGGGGAUGGGAGAGGCAGAGGCGGCGCCGCUGCUGCUGGCCGCGCGGGAGGAUGGGGCCAAGACCGGGAGAGCUGGCGGCGGCGGGGCCACGUGGGCGCAGACGCUGGGCAACGUGGUGGUGUCCAUCGUCGGGACGGGGGUGCUCGGCCUGCCCUACGCCUUCCGCACCGCCGGCUGGCUCGCGGGGUCCCUGGGAGUCGCCGCCGCCGGCUGCGCCACGCUCUACUGCAUGCUCCUCCUCGUCAGUACAGUGGACUGUAGAGAUAAACUGGAAGAGGAAGAAACAGAAGAGCCAUGUGAUGUUCUCUACACAUAUGGAGAUUUGGGAGACAAGUGCUUUGGUACUCUUGGUAGAUGCUUGACAGAAAUCCUAAUCUUUGUCUCGCAAGCCGGUGGGUCUGUUGCUUACCUAAUAUUCAUUGCUCAGAAUCUCCAUUCCAUGUUUACCCAGUUGAUGUCGCCAGCCGGCUUCAUCUUUGCCAUCCUCCUGCCUGUGCAAACUGCGCUGUCCUUCGUCUGCUCGAUGUCCUCGCUUUCACCAUUCAGCAUAGUUGCAGAUGCAUGCAAUGUCUUAGCGAUGGCCAUAGUUAUCAAAGAUGACGUUCAACUUUUCGAUCAUCCUUUUGCAAAUAGAAGUGCUUUCAAUGGUCUUUGGGCGAUACCUUUCACUUUCGGGGUCGCAGUUUUCUGCUUUGAAGGAUUUAGUAUGACUCUGGCGCUGGAGGCAUCAAUGGCAGAACGAAGAAAGUUCCGCUGGGUGCUUUCUCAAGCAGUUGUCUGCAUCAUAUUUGUGUAUGCGUGUUUUGGAGUGUGUGGGUACUUGGCCUAUGGUGAAGCCACCAAGGACAUCAUAACACUUAAUCUUCCCAAUACCUGGUCUUCUUCUGCAGUUAAGGUUGGCUUAUGCUUCGCACUGGCAUUCACAUUCCCAGUUAUGAUGCACCCGAUCCAUGAGAUUGUUGAGAUGAGAAUCAGAUCAAUCGGAUGCUUCCAUAAGCUUUCCCACAAUGUCCAUGGUGCCGAAUGGUUGGGCUUGCACUCAAGCCGCAUCGCUGUGGUGAUCAUCCUGGCAGUGGUGGCCUCCUUUGUGCCUGCAUUUGGGUCUUUCAUCUCCUUUGUUGGGAGCACGGUGAGUGCGCUGCUCGCUUUCGUGCUGCCUACCGCCUUCCAUCUCCGCAUAGUGGGGUCAUCAAUGAGCUUGUGGCAGCGGCUGCUUGACUAUGGUUUCCUUCUCUUUGGCCUGGUUUUCGCUGGCUAUGGAAUGUUCACGGCUCUCUAGCCUGUCAAAUUGAUUGAGGAAUUCAAGAUUAAAUGUCCACUAUGUUGAAGUACAGAAGUCAAGUGUUCAUAGAAAAAAAAAAGGAAAAGAAAGGUGUGUAAAGGGACUGUUAAAUGUAUAUCAGGGUUGAAGGAAGCCGUGACUUUUUUUCCUCCUGAGACUUUGUUCCGUUAAUCCCACCACCUGGGGAUCAAGAGGGCUCGAAGGGAUUGCUGUUUAAUUUUC